AUGAGAUGAGUUUAAGAAAUUUGAAGUUGCUAUCAGUUCAAGACUCAGAGAAGCAAUAUGAAGCUAAUAUAUCAAACGAACUUGGCAUGGGGUAUUACAAAAUGGGAAAAUACGAAAAAGCUAUGAAAUGUUUUGUGACAUGUCUCGAAAUUCAAAAAACUUUACUAGGUCCUGAACAUGUUGAUGUAGCUACGACUUACAGCAGUCUUGGUAAUGUGUAUUAUCGUACCAACAAAUGUGCCGAAGCCAAAGAGUGUUAUGAAAAAGCGUUGGAAAUUCAGCAAAUAUCACUAGGUCCUGAACAUGUUCAUGUAGCUACGACUUUAAACAAUCUUGGCCUUAUUCAUUUUGAUACCAAAAAAUAUGCCAAAUCCAAAGAGUGUAAUGAAAAAGCGUUGGAAAUUCAAAAAAAGUCUCUUGGUCCAGAGCAUGUUGAUGUAGCUACGACUUACAGCAGCCUUGGUAAUGUGUAUUAUCGUACCAACAAAUGUGCCGAAGCCAAAGAGUGUUAUGAAAAAGCGUUGGAAAUUCAGCAAAUAUCACUAGGUCCUGAACAUGUUCAUGUAGCUACGACUUUAAACAAUCUUCGCCUUAUUCACUUUGAUACCAAAAAAUAUGCCAAAUCCAAAGAGUGUAAUGAAAAAGCGUUGGAAAUUCAACAAAAAUCACUUGGUCCUGAACAUGUUGAUGUAGCUAGGACUUUAAACAAUCUUGGUGAUAUGUAUUGUCGUACAAAAAAAUCUGACAAAGCCAAAGAGUCUACGACUUACAACAGUCUUGGUAAUGUGUAUUAUCGUACCAACAAAUAUGCCGAAGCCAAAGAGUGUUAUGAAAAAGCGUUGGAAAUUCAGCAAAUAUCACUAGGUCCUGAACAUGUUCAUGUAGCUACGACUUUAAACAAUCUUGGCCUUAUUCAUUUUGAUACCAACAACUAUGCCAAAUCCAAAGAGUGUAAUGAAAAAGCGUUGGAAAUUCAAAAAAAGUCUCUUGGUCCAGAGCAUGUUGAUGUAGCUACGACUCUAAACAAUCUUGGCAAUGUUCAUUAUGAUGCCAACAAAUAUGCCAAAGCCAAAGAGUACUAA